CCCGGACUCCAGCUACCGGACAUCCAACACCACUCAUCAUCAUCCACCCUACCCUCAACCUUUUCUCGCCUUGAUAUUUCUCGGCGGACGAAAUUUUACCAUACCGAAUACGAUUGUAUCAUACAUGUCGAAGGGGCCAUGAGCUUGCGGUCAAUAUUGGGGGGAGGUCGCGUGAAGAAGCCAAAGUCCAAGCCGAAAGCGUCAGCGCCGCCACGGAAGAACGAUGGGACAAACAGCCCCCGGCCUGGCAGCAGCGCCAAAAGGAAGCCUGUGCCGGCGGGCGCCAAUGUAGACGACAACGAUGAUGACGACUUUUUUCACGACAGACUCGACGAUGUCGGUCUCGUUGCGGCGCUGGCGACCGAUAUGUCUUUGCGCGACGUCGUGCAAGCUAUCAAGUACACUCGUGGCCGCAUGUUUGGCCCCGUUCCUACAGAGGCGGCCGGCAUGAAGUCUACGCGCGUCGCCGAGGUGCUCAAUUACCGCAAAGCUAUGCCGGGGAUCGUGACGAUAUCGCACCUCCACGCGCUGUUGGCCUCCCCGACCGCUGUGGAACGCGAGGUCGCAGAGUUGCAGCGUGGUGGAGCUGUUCGCAAGAUCUACGUGCAACGUCGCGGCGGGCUGGGAGAGGCCCUCAUCCAGACCCCCGAGCUGGAGGAGAUGGUGGCGCAGUCUGUAGGUUUAGACGAGGAGGCGAAGACGGCGUUCCUCAAGUUCCUUCGAGAACACCCUCUGGCGCAGACGAUGCCGCGCUCUGCAUCUGGUCACAAGCAGGCCGAUGCCCUGGUGCGGGCAGGGUUCUUGACGGCCAGUAUUCACCCGCAGCACGUGAACACCCCGCUGAUGAAUUUGCAUUUGCGCCCGGAGGACCGCGGCAGCCUGACGAGCAUCGAGGCCGUGUCUCGCGCAGCGUCCGGCAGCUUCGAUGCCGUGGGCGGCCAGGGAGCGGUAUACGCAGCGGGCGGUGGGGGAGGGGCGUCGCGUUCACCCCGUGCCGACUCGUCAUGUUCGGUGGCCGAAUUCACCAUCGCGGUACCCGGGAACGGAUCCUUCUUGAAGUUAACCGCCGCAGCGGUGGACCAUCUGACCCGGCUGUUGUCCAAAUCUCAAUUCAGAGAGAUGCCCGUGUCUAUGCUAAGGGAACGGUGGGAGGGUGGCGUUGCCCGGGAUGAGGCACGUCUUGCAAGAAGGGCGAGGGGUGAGUUCGCCGGCGUGCUGCCGGGACGGACAAAGAGAUGGAAGGAGUUCUAUGGCUUGGAGUUUGAUUGGGUACUGGAAGAAGCAAUGGGCGCCGGCCUUGUUGAAGUUUUCGAGACGCGGAGCGUCGGGAGGGGGGCUCGUUUGCUGUGAUCGUGAGACCUCGAGUCCGUGUACGUUAUCCGCACAGCAAGGAAAUGUCUGGGCUUGAUACUAUGCGGAACCCCAAUUCUCGACCAGCCGACUUGGUUCGACGGUGAAGAACGCUGUCGAUGGAACCUCCUUGUUUGGGGGCGAGAGCAAGUUGGUAUCGCUUGGCAUGCGUGAGUUAACAUGAGAGACUUGGAUGCCGUGCCCCCCGACUUGUUUGUCCAAGGGUCUUCUGAUGGUGAGAAACCACGGUACCUUAAUGAACUUCAAAAUGUGUGCUGACUUCUAAACCGAGUCAGUUGCUCCCAAAUCCAACCAUCUUCAUCAAGGACAACCUUGUUUCUGACUAGAUGUGCACACCUGAGCAGCUAGCUCAUGACGGCAAAUUCGUGUAGGUUACGUGGGCCGAAGCAACAAAAGGGCACCACGCUGUGCUAGUGAAGUCACCCCCUAUCCUGGCUCCCUGCAAGUCAUUGCUGCCAGGUAUGGGAGUGGUCUGAAGAGUCGUAAUCGAAGACGAAGGGCGAUGUGGCUCCAGCGUUGUCCGGGUAAAUCCCAGACGUUGAUGUUUGACCUUCCAUGCUUCGCUCAGUCGCCGACUUGCGCGCCGCUGGCGCAAAGUUCAGUUGAGAAAGGUCGGUUUAUAUAUGCGACCUCAUUAACAGGUUCUUGACUCAUGAGAUGGACCUGCUAAUCCGGCAGCAUUGAACGACAAAUCAAUCUCAUCCGCAGUUUCAAUUGCCUCGCGUGGUGUUGUCAAAGGACCGAAGGCCAUAAACCUUGACGUGACUUUCCAUGCCUGUCUAUCUGCAGCUAGUGAGUGUUGCAGAGAAGAGGAGUCGGCCGAGCAGAGCAGAGCAGGCUCAGUUUGAAGUUGACAGAUAGAUCGAGACCAGACCCGUCCAAAGUAAAUAUAGUUGAGAAGCGCGGUCGUUCAACGUGAACAGCCACAAUCAAUUCCUCGAACGCUUGAC